GCGCGGGGGUCUGCGGCCGCGAUGUCUUCUCCGUCGGGCGACGCAGGCCCGGGGCCGCCGCGGACGCUGUCCCUCGCCGCGCGGCUGAGCUUCGCGGUCGGCCACUUCCUCAACGACCUGUGCGCCGGCAUGUGGUUCACCUACCUGCUGCUGUUCCUGCACUCCGUGCGCGGGUACAGCUCGCGGGGCGCGGGGCUGCUGCUGCUGCUCGGCCAGGUGGCCGACGGGCUCUGCACGCCGCUCGUGGGGUACGAGGCCGACCGCGCCGCCUGCGCGCGCUGUGGGCCCCGCAAGGCCUGGCACCUAGCGGGGACGGUCUGCGUCCUGCUGUCCUUCCCGUUCAUCUUCAGCCCGUGUUUGGGCUGCGGGGAGGCCACGCCCGAGUGGGCCGCCCUACUGUACUAUGGGCCCUUCAUCGUCAUCUUCCAGUUUGGCUGGGCUGCCACACAGAUUGCCCACCUGAGUCUCAUCCCAGAGCUGGUGACCAGUGACCACGAGAAGGUGGAGCUCACGGCCCUCAGGUAUGCGUUCACUGUGGUUGCCAACAUCACCGUGUACGGCAUGGCGUGGCUGCUGCUGCAUUUGCAAGGCUCCGCACACGGGAGCCAGGACAUCGGUGUGGGUGACCAGCUGGGAGUCCAGGAUGUGCCUGUGUUCCGGACCCUGGCCCUGCUGGUGGUGGCUGUGGGAGCCAUCUUCUCUCUGCUCUUCCACUUGGGAACCAAGGAGGGUCGCUGGCCCCAGCACCGGGGGACCGAACCCAAUGAGCACAGCCCCCUGGUGGCCCCCGCAGCCCAGCCACUGCUGCUGUGGAAGCACUGGCUCCGCGAGCCGGCCUUCUAUCAGGUAGGCAUGCUGUACAUGACCACAAGGCUCAUUGUGAACCUGUCUCAGACCUACAUUGCCAUGUACCUGACCUAUUCUCUCAGCUUGCCCAAGAAGUUCAUCGCCACCAUCCCCCUGGUGAUGUACUUGAGUGGCUUCUUCUCCUCCUUCCUCAUGAAGCCAGUCAACAGGCGCAUAGGGAGGAACAUGACCUACUUCACGGGGCUGCUGGUGAUCCUGGCCUUCGCAGCUUGGGUGGCCCUGGCAGAUAAUCUGGGUGUGGCUGUGUACGGGGCCGCAAUGCUGCUGGGUGCAGGCUGUGCCACCAUCCUUGUCACCUCCCUAGCCAUGACAGCUGACCUCAUUGGCCCACACACGCAUAGUGGAGCCUUCGUGUAUGGUGCUAUGAGCUUUUCGGAUAAGGUGGCCAAUGGGCUGGCAGUCAUGGCUGUGCAGAGCCUGCAUCCCUGUCCCUCUGAGCUGUGCUGCGGGGCCUGCGUAGGCUUCUACCACUGGGUGAUGACAGCAGUGACCGGCGGCGUGGGUGUGGCCGCGGCCCUGGCUCUCUGCAGCCUUCUCAUCUGGCCCAUCCGAAUUCGCACCCGGUUCCGCGGAGACCAGCCCUGACUUCUGGCUCCCCAGGGUGGCGUGAUGAAGGACCACGCAGACACCCUGACCCCCGAUCUCCCAACCUGCUUGGGGUCAGAGGGCACGGCGUGCGGGUGGGGGUGCCGGCCACGCUUGCUGAGCCCUAGGGGCCCGUGGGUGCCCCGUCCCACUGUCGACUCGGAUGCACCCGCCCGCGGAGAGGCUGCCGGGGACGCAUGCCCGGGCUGCGCGUGGGAGACAUUGCCCGGCUCAUGGGGACACAGACACGAGGGUCGGAAGCACGGCUUUAUCAGAGCGCGGGUGUGAAGGCCGGGGGCGGCUGGCCGGUGGCCGGGCAGGGGCGCUCGAGGCCCCGCUGUCGGAAGUCCUGCGCCGUGAAUCGUGGCCGCUGUGGCGGCGACAGGUGCGGCACAUAGUCCGACCGCCAGGGCAGCUGUGCCCCGAACUGGUUCCUGGUGGCCACUGCGGACACGACGGACGAGCUCUGCGUGGGGCGUGUGCUGGCCAAGCCCGCUAGGCCACGGCCAUCCUGCGCUCCCAGCCCGCACUGCCCACCGCCCACCUAUCCUCCUUCCUCGUCUUUUUUUCUUAAGAGUGUCCCUGUUUUGUUUUGACACUAGCUAGCCCAGGCUGGCUCCGGGACUCAGGUUCCCCCUGCCUCUGUCUCCAAGACUGGAACGACCCAAUGCAGCACGGCCCCGCCCCGUCCCAUCCCCUCCGCUCACCGAACUCCUUGCCGCGGAUUUGCCUGUCCCGCCACUGCAGGCACCCCCAGCGCGUUCCCGGGUUGAGGUACUGCGCGGGGAUCGCAGGGUCCCAGAAGGCCGUCUCCCGCAGGUGCUGAGUGUAGGCUGCGGGAGGCGCGGAGGGGGCGGUGUCAGCGUGGGACCCGCGGCCGAGCGUGGCCGGGGGCGGGGCACUCACCGGGCGGCAGGCCGCGCUGCCGACUCUGGAAGCAGCCGAGCCAGCGUGAGUGGGCCUCGCGGUACGGACUGUCGAGCGCCCGGGGCAUCGUGUACCAGGCGUCGCACGGGUUCGAGUUGGUCAGGCCGGUGUACCACACCUGGCCGGCCGCGUCCCGUCCCAUGGGCGUGAACUUCCAGCGCGUGGCUUGCUUGAUGGCCGGCGCCCAGCGGGGCCCCUCCAGGGACAGGUAGUCAUUGCUGAGAGAGGAUGGGGACUGAGCCGGGACGUCCUGCUGGACCAGCCACCGCCCCCUGCCGUCGUCUCCCGGAGUGUCUGACCCGUUUACAAAGGUGCUACGGAGUGCGCCGCCACCCGCCCUGCGGCGUCUCCGCACCUCCCCACCUGGACUCUAGCUCAUGUGGCCGAGGAUGGCCCUGCUUGUUUGACGCAGUUGUCACUGUUGCCCAGUGUUUACCACAAAUCCUGCCUCAGCCUUGCGCCACUGACGGCUGCUGGGGGACGGAGGGAGGGGGAGGGAGGGCCCAAGCCUGUAGCUCCCCACAGACGAUGCUCCUGAUUGGAGGGCGCAUGGAAGGCCAUGCAGGCUGCAGUGCUGGUGCUUGCAGGGAAAGGCCCCGCGGCCGAGGCGGCCUGUCACCAACACCACAGACGACCCAAGUCUGAGCCAGCCUGUGAGAUGGGCCUUUUCUGCUGGGUGUGCUGGCAACACUUAGCACGCGCUAGUUAGGAGGGUCUCUGCGGGCUUAUGAAUAGCUGGGGAUACACAGGAAUCUAAAAAGGAAGGGCAUUCUGGCACAUGGCCGCCACUGAAGCCCUGUGGGCCGGAGAACCAGCUUCCUCAGCUACCGACACCUCAUCACACCCAGGAGGAGGGCUGGGCACACUGCUGCCACCACCUCUCCCACAUGCCAUGGUUAGACUUGUCUAGGAUAUGUGGGAGGGGCAGAAUUCCAUUGUUGAGCCUGGCUGUUUCCAAACCCGAGUUUAGAGUUCGAGACUCCUCUACUUGGAGUGGGGUGUGCACAACCCUUUGCUGGGCUACAGGUUACGGGCGGGGGAUCUGAUGUCUGGGUGAAGAGGCACCAAAUGCAGGGACCCACCGGUAUAGAUGGUCUGGGAAGUAGAGUUCAAGGGUGCCCGAGGGAACGGAGGGCCGAGAAGCCUCCCGCCUCACGUUCUCCAUGUCUGGCCCUGCCUUCCCAGAGGCUCUAGUCACCAAGGCCCUGGGGCCAUUGUUGACAGGGACAAAGGUAUCCCAGCAACAGGGAAGCAGGCAGCCACAGUCCAUGAUCUCAGCUUACUUCCUGCUGUGUGGCCAGGACCCUGAGUGUCCCACGGCAGGAGGUCACGCCCUCCUUGAGCUUGGGUCCCCAUCCACAGCAGCCACUCACCCCACCUCCAUCUGUGUCCUCAAGACACAUUGAAGGAAGGGCACAUGAGUGACGAUGGUGCUCAGCAAAGGGACCCAGAGACAAGGGCCACAAAGUAUGGGUUCCAUGACAGGGUCCAUGAUAGAGACGUCCACAGAAGGAAGUGGAUACCUGGAGUCUUCAGUUGGUCAUAGAAUGUGCUGGAAUCUUUGGUGGCGUCGGAAGCCCAGGGUCUGCUCAUUCUGUUAGUGCAUCGUGUGUCCUGUGUGUCUUAUGUCAAUAAAUGUCACCACAGCCAAUCUCAAA